UCGGCUCGCAUUCAAGCAACAAUAGGAGCAAGUGCAAAAGCAAAGCAAGAGAUGGAGGCGGCUGGGUAUCGCUCCCGCGUCGUGGCUGAAGUCGACCCCCGCAGCGAAUGGGUUCACGGGGACGAGUUCGACACGCUCAUCGUCGACGUCUCAGCUUUUUUUUGGCAAGCUCCGCCACUGCAGGUACCGUUGCUGCUUUUCCAACCAUUUCUGCGGGAACUGAAUCCACUCGUUCCAAACACGUUCUGGCAUAUCGACACGCAUGCCGCCGUUGCAGGAUUCGCCAGGGACCAGCUCAAGGUCCAGGUAGAGCCGUUGGGGAGCCUCAAGAUCAGCGGCGAGCGCGCCCUCAACGGCGGCCGGCAGUGGUGUCACUUCCUGAAGCGGUUCGACCUCCCCGGCGCCUGCGACGCCGCGGCGAUCAAGGUCCAGCUCGACAAGGGAGUCCUCUACGUCCAGGUGCCCCGUUCCACCGACGACAGCCAAGAGGACGCGCUGCGAGAGGAGGACUGGAGCGGCGGCCACACGGCGGCGUGGCGUGCCGAUGAGCACCCGGCGCGGCGUCUGGCCAAGAGCCUGGGUGAGCACCGGUACGCCGUCUUGAACGUCGUGCUCGCCGUCGUGCUCCUCUGGCUCGUCGCGUUCGCCAACAGCAAGCAGAGCGGUGGGCAGAUCAAGAACGAAUGAGGCGAGCAACACGCAUGCACGCACAGCGCGGGGCAGUCCUACAGCACAGCAGAUCGAUGUAAUCAUUUAGUAGUACUUAUAUAUAGCUGAUAAAAGGGAAUAAGAACCCUGUAAACAGGCAGGAUUUGGAACGCGGGAUUGUUCAAAUUCAAGUCUCAAGAUAUCAAGCACUAUCGGA